UGGGACUACGAAAAAGUGAUGAAAACAGAGUAUUUAUACCAGAUUGGACUCCCCACCACCCGGAGUCACGAUGUCCAGCAUCUAUGAAGGGUUCCUUGACAUGAUCUCCACGUUGUUCUCCGUGCUGCUCUCCGCAGGCAAUCCCGCCCUCGCGGCCCGUGACACCUUCUACCCUCCCCUCAACCACACCACCUACAUCACCAACGCCUCCGUCGGCACUUAUGGUGGCAUCUACAAUGCCCCAGCAGAUCAUGCCAGUACUCCAACUGCGCAGGAUGUCUACAACUACUGUUCCAUGCCCCAUCCCCGUGCGGAGACCUACUCGCUUCCGUCUCCCCUGGCCAACCAGUCCGUCGCUGCCCGCCUAGUUUACCUCGAAUACGUGCAGCGACAUCAACGCCGCACCCCCUACAACAUUCUUCCGGGCGGCGAGAACCAAGAAUAUCAUUGCAACAACCUCCAAGCUCAUCUCUACGUCUCUCCGGCCUCCCAGGGUCCCGCUCCAAUCCCCGUGUAUGGCCAAACGUAUUCCGAUCCCUCCAAUCCAUUUUUGGCAAAUUAUGCCAAUGGAUCGUGUCAGUAUCCUCAAUUGACGAUUGGGGGCUUUCUCGAUGGCUAUCAGCACGGUCGCGACCUCGGCGCUGUAUAUCGGGAUCAAUUGCAGCUAAUCCCAUCAUCACCAGACGAGGACAAUGGCAAGAAGAUCUGGUUCCGUUCGAGUACUUCGGCCCUCACCCAAGAAUCCGCCGGUGGGGUCUUGCGAGGUAUUUGGCCCGAAUACAAUGCACCCCUGCCGCUACAUCAGCAGGCUUCCGGGGUCGACACGGUCGACCAAGGAUACUCCUGUUCUGCUCGCAGCGAGGUGCUCUCCGCCAUUGAAUCCACGGCAGAGUGGAACGAGCAUCUGACAGUGACCCAGUCGCUCCGUAGUCAGCUGGCAACCAUGUUCGACGCUGAUACCUCCAGCUGGAUGUCGACCUUCGACCACUUCUCGGAUAAUUUCCAGGCCCGCCUCUGCAAUGGCUAUGAGUUACCCUGCAGCCUGCAAAAUGAGACUCAAUGUGCCACGGUCAGCCAGGCAGAGGAAGUGUUCCGUGCGGGCGACUGGGAAUGGAACUACUGGUGGCGACACAACGCGAACGCGACUCGGUACAUCCAACUGGUCGAAGGUCUGUUCAUCGGAGAGAUUGUUCGCCAUCUUGAAGCAGUGCAGCAAGGGACAUCCGAGUUGGUUCAUAGCCACAAUUUCGUCCAUGACGGAGAUAUUGGACCCAUCCUUGGCGCGUUAGGUAUUAAGGCAUUGCGGUGGCCGGGCAUGGGAUCGAAUAUUGCAUUUGAAGUCUGGCAAACAUCAAACGAAGACUUCUACGCUCGCGUGCUGUACAGCGGACACGCGAUCCAGACAAUCUACGGCACAUUGGAUUGGAUACCUCUAUCGUCCUUGAUCGGCAUUCUUCAGCCGUAUAUUCCCGACGACAUCAUCUCGAUGUGCCAGUCUAGCUAAAUUUCAGGAAAUAAGUCUACACGGAUACCUGCGCUGGAUGGCUCCUUCAGACAAGACACCAGAAAUAAUCAGUCCUGGCAGCAAUAGCAAUAGACGCCAUCUGAGCAACACUGGGGGAAUUCGCCAUGACAGCAGACAGCCCGAGAGCAAGGCGACGAGCAGACGUAGCAGGCUAAACGGUUCUCAGUCCAUCUGUAUCUGUCUGGUCUGGGUAGUCGUGUAGAACAUACAGUCAGCGGUACCACCAAGCACCUUCUGCGCCGAGGCGAUAGAAUCGAGCUUCGGUUCUUGCUUGGCGCUUGUCAUCUCAGCUAUUCAAAAGUUAGCUAAAGACUCGUCAUUUGGAAACAAUACCAGGUUGGUAGUUAAACUUAGAGAUUUGUAUUACCUAUUGUUCGGUCAUGACGUGCGUCCACUGCCAGCAGGCUUAGCCCC